CUACCCCUGUCAUUAAUUAAAUAGCCCUUCCCACUUUUUAACCAUCAGAUUGAUGUGUCCAGAUCUAAGGGCUGAGAGGGGCUUAGUCAAGUGACUAAUCACCCCCCCUUAGUCACCGGAUCCGCUCUCAUUUUGAAGGCACCUUUAACAUUUCUCAUGCAUCAAUCCUUGUGUUUCACUCGGAGAACCAAUGCCUUAUAUAAAAAUAUGGUUAUAGUCGAAUCUCAUUAAUGUUGGAAUCGAAUUUGGUAAUACUCCAACCUCAAAUCUAAAAUAAAAUUCGAUAUGAUUGCUCAAACGCUCAUCUUCUUAUAAAUUCUAAUAAAAAUGGUUUGCUAUAUCCUGUUUCCUAGGAUAGUUGUCGUAUAAUGGACCAAGUUGACAUAAUCGUAUAUUGAGUAUGUAUCCAUCAACGUAUUGAGUUGUUCUGCCACUAAUGCAAAGGUUUGGAUGGUUUUUGAAUAAUGUAUUAUGGAAUAGAACAAAAGACAGAUAAGAUAAUGGUACAUAAAUCAUCUAAUAUAACUGUUAUAUUUCUUAUAACACAAGAGCAACCUACGUUAUGAUUAUCCUUAAGGAAGAAAAUUUAGAGAUUGAACAUUAAAAACCCAAUGAAAAUAGUUUAUCAAAAACUUAUUUACAUGCUCGAUCGCCACAAGCAAGUAAUGAGACAGAUUAAAUUUCUGUAAACUUGUAAUGAACUCAAAGGACAUGUUCAACUUCACUUAAUUUAAAGCAUACUUUUACCAAACAUAUACUUCAAAAGGAAAAAGGAAGAAGAAAAAAACAAAUUGAGAUGGCGUUACACGCUAGUUGGUGAGCUUUGUUUAAUCCUUGUUAAUGGAUGGUGGUAGAAUGGAUUUAAAGCUGGGCUGAAGUUGUUUCUAGAGAGAGAAAACAGAAGAAGAGACAGACAGAGGAGCCUUGUGGUAAAGUCAUACAGAGAGAGAGAGAGAGAGAGAGAGAGAUCUGACAAAGGGCAAAAAAGGAGAGGAAGAUCGAGGUGGGUGUUGGCCGCCUAUCUAUUGUUUUCUUCGCUUGCUCGUUGUUCCUCUCUUUUUCUCUCUGCUUUUGCUUUUCUUCCUUCUUUUACUUUUGGGCUAGAUCUCGUUUCUUUCGGCUCCCCCUCUUCCCCCCUGGAUUUCUGCUUGUUUCUCAAGAAUUUCCUCCCAGUUUUUCCGGGGUCUUGGAUAAACCUUGCCGUUGCUGGCUGCAGCUCAUUGUUCUCUUCUGGAUUUUGGUUCACACUGGGUUAGAUCUCUUUUCCCUCGAAAGAUUUCCUUGUUCCCCUGUUUGGUUAUUGAAAGUCGACUCAUUUCCAUGUUUGAUUUCUGCGUCUAUGAUGCCGAUUGUGAUGUCAAGCACCAAGCUUUGUGGCCAUGGUUGAAGUCAACUCUUCUUGCCUGUCUUUGUUCUGGGUCUUGCUGGUCAAAUUUGCUGGUUUUGGUGGUACUUGGCUUUUCUGGGUUUGGAUUUUGAAUACUGUUUCUCUUUUUGAGCACUGGGUUGGUUUCCAUUUCAGGCUUUGGCGCAUUGAAUAGGCUAAAGUAUGGAACUUUGAAUUUCUUGAAUGGAUUCUUGAAUCUGGGUUUGGUAUAUGGAUUCCUGAAUGUUUUUGAAUUUCUAGUUCCAGACAUCCGGGUGAUCCAAGCUGAGUUAGACUCUCAUGUCAUUUAGGGUUUUGUUUGCAGAAUGAUCUAUUGAUCAUAUAGACAUAAUUUUCGAACUAGCUAGCUGAGGCUUUACCAUUUUGGAAUCUAAUGUGGAUCAUGGUUUGUGUAGUCCACCCAUGUACAGUGUUGUUUUUUCAUUUGAUUGCACAUUCUUACUUAAUUUGAAUGUAGAUGCACUUAGUAUGAAGUUUUGAUUCGAAAAAUUAGUUCCAACUGGGUUUCCAUGUGAGCCUUUUGUCUGAUGGGAAUCUUCUUUCACUUGCUUUCUGCUUUCCCCCUCAUUUGUCACUUUUACGUCUUUCUUUCUUGCUUGUUAAGCAUAUAAACAUAAAUCUGAAACUUGUUUUUGUUGAUUCACAGUUCUGGUCAAUUUGUCCUGAGGCAUGAUCGCUGAUCAAACCGAGUAUAAAUCUACUUCGAGAAACUGAGUCAAGGAAUUGACUGAGUUGGGAGCUCGGAAAUUGCCAGUCUUAGUGUGGUAUGUCGUUCCGUAGUAUAGUUCGUGAUGUGAGGGAUGGAUUUGGGAGCUUAUCGAGACGGAGUUUCGAUGUUAGGCUGCCAGGUCAUCAUCAUCGAGGGAAAUCCCAUGGUUCAGUUACUGAUGACUCACAUGACCAGCCGGCAGUUGUCAUCCAGAGCAGUCGUUGGGCUAGUCUGCCGCCAGAGUUGUUGCGUGAUGUCAUCAAGAGGUUGGAAGCAAGCGAGGGCACUUGGCCUGCUCGUAAGCAUGUUGUGGCAUGUGCUGCUGUUUGCAGGGCGUGGCGAGAAAUGUGUAAAGAAAUUGUUAGGAAUCCCGAGUUCUCUGGGAAGAUCACUUUCCCAGUUUCCUUGAAACUGCCAGGGCAUAGGGAUGGGCCUAUCCAGUGUUUCAUCAAGAGAGACAAGUCCAAGUUAACUUACCAUCUUUUCCUUUGCCUUAGCCCUGCUUUGCUUGUUGAGAAUGGCAAGUUUCUUCUCUCAGCUAAACGUACCAGAAGAACUACUUGCACUGAGUAUAUCAUAUCCAUGGACGCCGAUAACAUAUCAAGAUCAAGUGGAACAUAUAUUGGAAAGCUAAGGUCAAAUUUCCUAGGCACAAGAUUCAUUAUCUACGACACUCAGCCACCCUACAAUAACGCUCAAAUCUCACCACCAGGUCGAAGCAGAAGAUUCUACUCCAAGAAAGUCUCUCCUAAGGUCCCUACAGGAAGCUACAACAUCGCGCAGAUCUCCUAUGAGCUCAAUGUGCUUGGCACCCGGGGACCCCGCAGGAUGCACUGCACUAUGCACUCAAUUCCCACUUCAUCACUCGAACCUGGCGGUUCAGUCCCCGGUCAACCUGAGAUCCUCCUCCCUCGGUCCCUCGAGGAUUCGUUCAGAAGCGUCUCGUUGUCGUCCGAGUUCAGCAGCUCGAGGUUCUUCGAUGUUGCUGCGGGGCCACCAAGAGGCGGGGGAGACGAUGACGUGGAAGGGGAAGCGAAGGACAGCUGCCCACUCAUUCUGCGGAACAAGGCUCCCAGGUGGCAUGAGCAGUUGCAGUGCUGGUGUCUGAACUUCCGUGGCAGAGUCACAGUGGCAUCCGUGAAGAAUUUCCAGCUGAUAGCGGCGAAUCAGCCAGCAGCUGGCGCGCCUACUCCUUCACAGCCGCCGGCACAGUCCGAUCAUGAUAAGAUCAUUCUGCAGUUUGGUAAGGUUGGAAAGGAUAUGUUCACUAUGGAUUAUCGGUAUCCGCUGUCUGCUUUCCAAGCUUUCGCCAUAUGCUUGAGCAGCUUCGAUACUAAGCUGGCUUGUGAAUAGAGAGGGGGUACAGAAAUUGGGAAGAAAACUUAAAAGGGAGGGUUAGGAGCUAUGUCUGUUGUUGUUGUUGGUGGUGGUAGUAGUGUACUAGUGUAUUUAUGUUAAUCCGAAUGUGGUUAGGAUUCCACGAGAUGUGGGUUGUUGUUGUUGUUGCAAGAGAGGGAAAAGCUGUACAAUUUCAGUAGGCAAGAAGUGGGAGAUGUCUCCCCUUUUUCGAUCAAGUUUUCUUUUCUGAAGUUUGCAUUGUAAUGCCUUCUAUGAAAAUUGUUUGUUUUGAAUUCCCUCAAGUUCAAGGGAUGCUUCUGUAACUUUUGGAUCAAUCAGAUGAUGAAGGUGACUAUCUCUACCUUUUGUAUCAGAAUCUUUAACUUGCCAUAGGAAUGACAGAUUCGUUGGAUUAGAUUGCUGUGAUGUUCAUUUUACCAGAGAUUUGGUACCAGGGAUGGCCAUUACUGUUGCCUUCACCGCUUUUUCCUUUUUACACAAAAUCCUCUCUGAUGUGUUAUUUAUAUUCCCUUUUGGAGGAUUCCGAUAACAAGAAGUUGUUCAGCUGUUGUUUUCUAUUCCAUUUCCUUUUCCUGUCUUAAUCUCUUGCCCAACUUCGAAUCCAUAUAUGAAAAAGAUGGGGGGAAACGAAACAAGAUUAGCUCAAUGGCAUGUUCAUUUGUCUAGGCUUUUGUAUUAUAUGAAAAAAGUUGAUGCGCAGCGAGUUCUUAGAAUAAUGUGGCCUACUACAAAUGGUCCAUGAGGCACAAUGGGAUUUUUUUUUUUCUUCUUCUUUUGUUUUUUAGGAAUACGCUAGUGAUAUAAAAUUGAAUUAUUGGAAAAAAAAAACUCACAACUUUAACGUGCUAAUACUAGCUCAAACCAAUAAAAGCAUUUCGUUUUGAUGACUUUUUUGUUUAAUUUUGAAGGGGAUGGCCAUUAUUAAUGUUCAAUUUUAAAGGGAGAGACAUGCUUGUCAUUUUUGAAAUGGGGGAACACGCGUGUGUGGCGCUGCUCAUUUAUUCUGCCUACCGUCUUGAUCACAAGUAUCAUGAAGCAUACUAGAAAACAUAUACCAGAUAUACAACAAACAACACCACAAACAACAUAAAGUAGACUAAAAAGCUUAUAAAGCAUACCACGGUCGUUUGGUAGAUGCAUAUCUAAAUGAUGUAUUUAAUGAAUGCAUGUAUUGUAGAGAAUGCAUCAUUUUGUUGUUGCAAAAUAAAACACAAUGCAUGUAUUUGAUUGUUGAUGUGACAUUUGAAAUCAUUCAAAACGAAUGAUUUAGAAUAUCAACUAUUUGGUGAGAUUGUUGAGAUUGUGUUUUGAGAUUAUGAAUCAAGUUUUCUUCUUUUUUUAUGCCCUUAUCAACUUUUAUAUGUCAGUUGACUUUUAUAUCUAAAAGGAAGGGUAAAUGUGACUUCAUUCAAAAAGUGGGUUUCUACCACAUUCCUAAAAAUACAAUCACAACUACCAAACAUUGUAAUCUUAAAAUGCAAGCAUUUAACCAAUACAUCAAUUUAUAAUGCAUGCAUGCAUUCAUACAAUACAUCAAUUUUUUUUUUAUAAUGAUGAUGAACUUUAUUAAAUGAAAACAACAAAAAGUACAAGACAAAGACCCACGAGCAGUAGGCCAAGAAAGAACACAAGUACAAUACAUCAAUUUUAACAAUCGCAAAUACAAAACGAGCUAACCACACCAUAAAAUUCAUAAAGCAGAUAAGAGAACUCAAAAUUGACCAAAAGUUCUCUGAAGCGUAUUUGAAACUUCAUAAACCCGACAACAAAUUUUUUGAAGCAGACCAUAAUCCUUAUAAAGCUAACUACAAGUUACCUAAAACAUAUAAAAAAAAUAUAUAUGUGCAAUCACAGCACAACUCUCAUAAAGUAGACCAGAAAAUCCUCAUAUUUUCUUUAAUGGACGGAGACACAACAAUUUUAGAAAACUACUUUUGAAAUUUGAAUUCAACUAGAAAAAUCAAAAUUAUGACUUCGA